GUAAACAGUCUUUGCUUGAACCUCCAAUCGCGAACCCGAAAUAUUUUAACGUGGAUUAGCCAUAAAAUUGAACGUAUUCGAAAAUUCAGUCCUGUAUGCUUAAACUGCCAGUCAUUCAAAAUUUCUAUAGGAGUUCAUGCGUUUUUCCUUUAUUCAUGUUGGAUUAGAUCGCUAUAAAAAUACAAUGGGUGCAGUACGUGUAAUCAAUGACGAUGGCCAAUUUUAUGGGGAAAUGGCUAGUGCAGGUGCAAAAUUGGUCGUAGUUGACUUUACGGCAACAUGGUGCGGCCCUUGCCAGAGAAUUGCUCCAAUAUUUGAGCAAUUAUCAAUUAAAUACCCAAAUGCAGUGUUUCUUAAGGUCGAUGUAGACAAGUGUGCAGAGACUGCUGCAAUGCAAGGAGUUAGUGCAAUGCCCACAUUUAUAUUUUAUCGUAACCAAACAAAAUUGGGUUUAUGUCAAGGAGCUGAUCCGGCUGGAUUAGAAUCAAAAAUACAACAAUUUUAUGGCAGUGGAGAUUCAGAGGAUUCUGAGAGUCCAGUGUCUGGACAUAUGGAUCUAUCUAGUUUCAUUACAAAGGCACAAUGUGAAUGUUUGAAUGAAUCCGAUGAUCACAACUUUUUACAAUGCUUAAGUUCUGAUAAUGGGUAUUUAGAAAGUGAAUGCGAUGAACAGCUGAUUCUGUCUAUUGCAUUUUCACAAGCAGUUAAAGUGCAUUCUUUGAAGAUUAAAGCUCCCAAAGAUACGGGACCAAAAAACAUAAAACUAUUCAUUAAUCAACCAAGAACUAUUGAUUUUGACAUGGCAGAUUCUAAUACAAGUGUCCAAGAUUUAACAUUAUCACCAAAGGAUAUUGAGGAAGGUAAUCCAAUUUCCUUGCGUUAUGUGAAAUUUCAAAAUGUACAGAAUAUACAAAUAUUUGUAAAAGACAAUCAAAGUGGUGGUGAAACAACAAGAAUCGAUCAUCUAGCUAUAUUUGGCUCACCAAUUUCAACAACAAACAUGGGAGAAUUCAAAAGAGUGAAUGGAAAAAAAGGGGAGAGUCAUUAACAACCAGUUAACAUGUGAAGGAUUGUAAAAGACUAUGUUAUGUCAGAUAAAUUUUCCAUGGCCAUUAUAUUUCCUAAGAAUACUGAAAAGAACUAAAUUUUCUCUUUUUUUUUUAUGCGUUAUAUUAUAUAACUUCAAUCCAAUUAUGGAAUGAUAUAAUAAAAUUCGAAAAUUCACACACUCAUACAUAUACAUUGAAUAAUAACACAUACAUAUAAAUAAAAAAUUAUUUGUUUAUUAAUAAAUUAUUGAGAGAUUCUGUAAAAUAAAUUACAUUAUAGUUA